AUGGCGGCCUUGCCAGCAGGUGUUCAGUAUGGGUUAUCAUCGGAGUCUAGUUAUAAAGAAAACAAGGAACUAGUGUUUGUGAAAUUAACGGAUUCAGCGCUAAAAGCUAUUGAAGACUUUCUUAGAAAUAACAGGGACAGAUUGGCAAAACCAAAAAUACAGUUCCUAUCCGGCAAUGACGGGAAAAUUUCAAUUCCUGCACCUGCCAGUGGCAAUGGGCAAUCGGGCGAGGCUACAUUUCUCUUCAGCAUCAACAGUAAUGCUGAGAUGGAGGGUCCACAGGGAUCGUUCGAGUGCGUCCGAAGUGGAGGCGCUCGGCGUUUGGAGUCUUGCGGCCCAUUACCGCGCAGAAUGCGCGUUCAGGCCAACGACGAUUCAUAUGAAGCAACGAAGGACCGUAUGGCGAGAACAGUCGCUGCGGAGCAGAGUAAAUGCACCCGCGUGAUUAAACCUAAUCAAAAUGACAUCGGACGUCGAGUCAAAGUACGUUCAUCACACCCGUACUCGGGGGCGACGCAACUAGCGGAGCGGGCAGAGCGGCUCGACAGAGCGGAACGUCCCGAGCGGCCAGAGAGACAAGAGAGGCCCGAGCGGUCCGAACGGUCUGAUAGACCGGAAAGGCCUGAACGGGUGGAGCGCCCAGACCGGGUCGAAAGGCCCACGCCACCUGUGCCUCGCCCGGUUCCACAACCAGUUCAGCCGCCACACCAACAGUACCCACAGCACCCGCACACCAACCCGCACCAGCCGCAACGGCCACCCCCUAAUCCGGAUCUCACUAGGCGAUCCUUAAAAGAAAGACUUAUUCAGUUAUUAGCGUUGCGACCCUUCAAGAAGCCCGAAUUGUAUUUAAGGCUUAAUAGUGAGGGUAUCAAAGAAAAAGAGCGCAGCUUGGUGAACAAGAUUCUGCCUCAUAUCAGUACGCUCAAGGAUAACUGUUACCAUUUACGUAGAAAUGUUUGGAAUGACGUCAAUGAGGAUUGGCCAUUCUAUUCAGAAGAAGAGAAACGCAUGCUCAAGAGGCGGAAACCUCAAAACCUAACGCCACCGCUAAGCAGCGAUUCGGCCAACUCCCUUUCACCGCGCGCCUCCCCCAGUUGCAGCAAACGGACCAGUACGGCGCCGCUGCCGGUCCCGAGCCUGCCUCCCAACAGCGGCGCGGCGGCGGCGGCGUCGGUGUCGGUGCUGCCCAGCGUGGCCGACGUGGAGCCGCCCGCGGCCAAGAAGCAGCGCAUCUCGCACUACCGCCGCCCCUCCCCGCCCUCCUCCGGCUACGCCACCACCUCCUCCGGGGAGAGGCAGGCCUCCGACAACGAGGACGACCGGACCAAUGUUAAAAAAGACAAUGGUUACACCCUCAACUAUACUACAGUAAAGGAUCUCUGCCCCAGUCCUGUGAAGGCAAACGGUUUUAGAAGUAGUCCCCUAGUAGAGCAAAAUAAUAUUGCAGAAAAAGAAAUUGCAAAUAAUGUCCCAUUAGAAAAUCCUGAAAUUGCACCUGUCCCUGAUGAGAAUAUGGCUGAAGAAGAGUCAUUGGACGAAAUUGAAAGGCAAUACCCGCCGAUCACGAGCUCGAACAUCCGGCGCGCGUACAAGAACGAGUUCGCGGAGCUGUACAAGGAGUACCGGCUGCUGUACGCGCGCAUCGCGCAGGUGGCCGCGCUCUUCACGCGCCUCGAGCAGGAGCUCAAGCGCGCGCAGCCGCUCUCGCCGCACCACCAGAGUAUAGAACAGCGCAUCGUGGAUGAAUACCGCCGUGUGAACAAUGACGCCGCAUACAAAAAGGAGAGACGGCGAGUGAACUUUUUACAUCGCAAACUCAAUCAUAUCAAGCGUAUGGUCAACCAAUAUGAUCAGUUGCGAAACCUGAAACCGGAGCGUGUUUCCACCGCAAGCACCACUCAGGCAUACUGA